UCCAUAUCCUCUCACCAUGUCUCACGUCGAGAAGACAAAAAAAGCAAAAAAGAAAAGGAAAAGAAAGAAACCAGAUGGCUUUCCCAGAAACGGAAGCCAUUCUUCCUAAAUUCUUAACGCUGGCGCUACUCACACUUUCACUAACCAAUCAAACAGCCUUUUCCAUUCGGAUCCCGAAUCGGAGCUCUAUUCCAUCAUCAGGAGACCCAUCGGAUCAUCAGCCUCUUAAAACGGCCGUCUUCGCUCUCGGUAGCUUCUGGAGAUCCGAAGCAGUAUUUGGAUGCUUAAAUGGCGUCGUUCGGACAACCGCCGGCUAUUCCGGUGGAUCGAAACCCAACCCCGAGUACAGAAGCUUAGGUUAUCAUGCCGAGUCCGUACAGGUGGAAUAUGAUCCACGGGUAAUUAGUUAUAGGCAACUUUUGGAGGUGUUCUGGUCAAGUCAUGAUUCAAGGCAAGUUUUUGGUCAAGGUCCUGAUGUUGGGAAUCAAUACAGGUCUAUUAUUUUUACUAAUGGAACUGAAGAAUCUAGAUUAGCUGGUGUUAGUAAAGAAAAAGAGCAAUUAAAGUCCAGGAGUAGUGUUGUCACUACUCAAAUUCAGCAGCUUGUGGCAUUUUAUCCUGCAGAACCUGAACAUCAGAAAUUUGAGCUUAAGCGAAGACCAUUUCUUCUUCAGCUGAUGGGUAACUUGCCUGAAGAGGAGCUUGAAAGGUCUAGUUUGGCAGCGAAACUAAAUGGUUAUGCUGUAGAGCUCUGUCCUCCAAAGGUACAAAGCCAGAUUGAAGCGAAGAUCAAUGACAUUGUUAGGAAAGGUUGGCCUGUUUUGAGAGACGUGUAACUGGCAUUUGGGGUAUAUAUGUGUAAUUGGCUAAGCUUUUCUUCAAGAGCACAAUCAAUGCUGUUAGUAAUGUCAUGCUAUUGAGGAUCACAAGUAAUGGAUGACAGAAGCAGAUAGAUUUUGGGUACCCUUCUAGGACUCAAUAUUCUUUUGUUGGUCAAAUAGUCUUCAUCAUAUCCUGGUUGUUCAAAAAGGACUUUAUUCUUAAAAACAUUAUAAUUGAAUUUAUUUGUUUAUACUAAA